ACUUUUCUCAGCUGUACACAUCCCACAAAAUGGAUAUAUUACCUUUACUUUGUAUUGUCUCUGUGACUUUUACAGGUUUAACCAAAGGAAGUGGUGUGUUGCCAGAUGAACUGACUGCAGCUGUUGGAGGAGAUGUGAUGUUCACCACAACAGUGACUCCACCAGAAACACCAUUUCUGUUUGUGAGCUGGACUUUUGUUUUAAACAGUAUUCACAAACCUAUAAUAACCUCCACCUCUUCGGUCAACAAUACUGGACCAGAGUAUGAAGGCAGGAUCAUCCUCGACAGAUCUACUGGAUCUCUGAAGCUCAUGGAUCUGACUCUUAAUGACAUUGGACAGUACAGAGUUAGAAUUACACCAGAUGGAGGAGAACAGAUGACAGGAACCACUGAAUUGAACAUAAGUGAGCCAGUCUCCAAUGUAAAGAUAACUGCCAACAGCACAGACUUAGUGGAGUUCAACAGCUCUGUCAGUCUGUCCUGCUCUUCUUCUGGAUUCUCUCCUUCUUUCCUCUGGAUGAAUGGCAGCUCUGAGGUUACAGCCAGUGAGAGAGUUCAGCUCACUGAUGGAGGCCGUACUCUCACUAUCAUCAGUGUGACCCGCUAUGAUCAGGGACCAUACAGCUGCAGAGUGUCCAAUGCUGUCAGUGGUCCUGUCAACAGUGAUCCAGUAAAUCUUUCCAUCAGCUAUGGCCCAGAAAACAUUAUUUUGAAGAUAUCUUCAUCUGAAGACCACUAUGUGGAAGGGUCAACCAUCACACUGUCCUGCUCAGCUGUCUCCAGACCUUCUGCUCAGUUUCUGUGGUUUCUGAAUGGAGACCUGCUGUCUGAUACUGGACCAGAACUCACACUGAUGAAUAUUAAUGGGAGUCAGAGUGGGAAAUACAGCUGUCAGGCCUUUAACAGCAAAACUCUGAGAUAUCAAACAUCUCAGCCUUCAGCUGUAACUGUACUGGAGCGAGUCUCUAAUGUGAAGGUAGAAGCCAGUAGCUCAGACUUGGUGGAGUUCAACAGCUCUGUCAGUCUGUCCUGCUCUUCUUCUGGAUCCUCUCCUUCUUUCCUCUGGAUGAACGGCAGCUCUGAGGUUACAGCCAGUGAGAGAGUUCAGCUCACUGAUGGAGGCCGUACUCUCACUAUCAUCAGUGUGACCCGCUAUGAUCAGGGACCAUUCAGGUGUCAUGUGUCCAAUUUUUUCAGUGAUGGCACCAGUGAUCCAACAAAUCUUUCCAUCAGCUAUGGCCCAGAAAACAUUAUUGUGAACUUAUCUUCAUCUGAAGACCACUAUGUGGAAGGGUCAAACAUCAACCUGUCCUGCUCAGCUGUCUCCAGACCUUCUGCUCAGUUUAAGUGGUUUCUGAAUGGAGGCCUGCUGUCUGAUACUGGACCAGAACUCACACUGAUGAAUAUUCAGGGGAGUCAAAGUGGGAACUACAGCUGUCAGGCCUUUAACAGCAAAACUCUGAGAUAUCAAACAUCUCAGCCUUCAGCUAUAACUGUACUGGAGAGAGUAUCUGAUACUUCAAUCAUACCUUCAACACAGCUGAUUGAGGGGAACUCUGUCAACCUGACCUGUGAUGGUGCUGGCUCCAUCUUUACCAGAGAGUGGAUGAAGGACGGCUCACCAUUGACUCCGACUGACAACAUGAUACUUUACGACACAAACAGAGUGUUGUCUUUUCUCUCUCUGAAGAAAACACACAGUGGAGAAUAUGUGUGUAAAAUCAGCAACCCCUUCAGCAAUGAUGAAGCUAAAUACAACAUGAUUGUUAACUAUGGACCAGAAAAUGUUCAGAUCACAGGACCAAGUGAGAUAAACGUGAAACAGACCUUAACAUUAACCUGCUCUGCUGCGUCUACACCAUCUGCCAGCUACACCUGGAUACCGGAUGGGACAAAUAUAUUAUACAACUCUGAUGUGUUCACUAUAAACAUGACUGAACUGUCUGACAGUGGCAACUACACCUGUCGAGCACUGAAUGAAAUAACUGGGAGAACAUCAUUUGCAGUUCAUCGAUUGUCUGUAACAGAGAUGACAACAUCUACAUGUUCAGCUGGAUGCAUUGCUGGAAUAGUAAUCGCAUGUUUUGUUAUCUGUGGAGCUGCUGCUGGAGGAUACUUCAUUUAUAUAAAACGGACGAAAAAGUCCUCUAAUGGAAACAGCUCCUCCAGAACAGGCGGUGGAGGCCAGGAGAACGCAGCAUACUCUGAAGAACAGGAGCUGGAUUAUGCGGACAUCCGUUUUUUCCACAACAAUGAUGGUUUGACAGUCCACCUGGGGCUACAGAAGAACUCUCAGAAUCAAGCGAACAGGGGUCCUGCUGCUGCAUCCUCCCCGAAGAGGCCAGCUCCUCAGCCUGAUACUUCUGAUGCAACAGUCUACGCUCAGGUCCAGAUCCGCAAGAAGUGA